CUUUUCCGCCGCCGCCAUGCGCCUCCCGCCCGCGCUGCUCCUCCUGCUACAGCUCGCGCCGCUCCGGGCCGCAGCGGCCCCCGAGGCCGCGGUGAGCGCGUCGCGCAGCCUGGUGUGGGGUCCCGGGCUGCAGGCGGCCGUCGUCCUGCCGGUCCGCUAUUUCUACCUGCAGGCGGUCAGCGCACAGGGCCAGAACCUCACUCGCUCGCCCCCAGGCCAAACGCUAUUCACAGUAGUAGUCAAACCUCUUUCACCUAAAGAGGUAGUCCGGAUUCAUGUCCCUCAGCCUUUAGAUAGGAAUGAUGGGACUUUUUUGGUGCGCUACAGAAUGUAUGACAGUGUCAACAAAGGGCUGAAGAUAGAAGUGCUUUAUGGUGAUGAACAUGUGGCCCAGUCUCCUUAUAUUUUGAAAGGGCCAGUGUACCACGAGUACUGCCACUGUCCGGAAGAGGAUCCCCAGGCCUGGCAGGAGUCUCUUGCUUGUCCAGCCCAGGAGCCCCAGAUUGAAGAAGACUUUGCUUCGUUCCCCAGCAUCCAUCUCCAGCAGAUGCUAAACGAAGUUCCCAGGAGAUUUGGGGCCGAGAGGGGUGCUGUUGUUCACUAUACGGUUCUCAAUAACCGCAUUUACCGGAGAUCUUUAGGGAAAUACACAGACUUCAAAAUGUUCUCUGAUGAGAUUUUGCUGUCACUGGCAAGGAAGGUUCGUCUUCCAGAUUUAGAAUUUUAUAUUAAUCUUGGAGAUUGGCCCUUGGAACAUCGAAAAGUCAAUGAAACCCCCAGCCCUGUACCUAUCAUUUCCUGGUGCGGCUCUCUGGAUUCAAGAGAUGUUGUCCUUCCAACAUAUGACAUCACACACUCCACACUGGAAGCAAUGAGGGGUGUUACCAAUGAUCUCCUCUCCAUUCAGGGAAACACAGGGCCCCCCUGGAUCAAUAAAACAGAGAAAGCUUUCUUCAGAGGUAGAGAUAGUCGGGAAGAGAGGCUGCAGUUGGUACAGCUGGCCAAAGAAAACCCACAGCUACUAGAUGCAGGAAUUACAAGCUAUUUCUUUUUCCAAGAGAAAGAAAAGGAGCUUGGAAAAGCCAAGUUAAUGGGCUUUUUUGAUUUCUUUAAGUACAAGUACCAAGUGAACGUGGAUGGCACGGUGGCUGCGUACAGGUUUCCAUAUCUCAUGCUCGGGGACAGUCUGGUUCUGAAGCAGGAUUCUCCAUACUACGAACAUUUCUACGUGACCCUAAGACCUUGGAAGCACUAUGUUCCAGUUAAAAGAAAUCUUAGUGACUUACUAGACAAAGUUCAAUGGGCCAAGGAAAAUGAUGAAGAAGCCAAGAAGAUUGCAAAAGAAGGACAGCUGGCUGCUAGGGACCUGCUACAGCCACACCGACUUUACUGCUACUAUUACAGAGUCCUGCAGCAAUACGCCGAACGCCAGGCCAGCCCACCUGAGCUGCGUGAUGGAAUGGAACGUGUUCCUCAGCCAGAUGACAACACGUCUGCCUGCCAGUGCCGCAGGGAAAGGCCUCAGAAGGAAGAGCUUUAGUGCAGCUUCCCAGUCACUCAUGUGCACCCAGCUAUGCCUUUGAGGGGAGACUUGCAUAAAUGCUAAGCGGUGAAGAAAGUACAGGGGACUCUACCCAGUGGGCCACUCUCUAGGUGGCUUUGUCCAGCAUGGCUAGAUACAGCAAUAUUUGAGCAAGUAUUAUCAGGUAUCAUUGGAUAUUAAUUUUUUUAAAGUAAAAACUGCCAUUAUCAGCUUCAGAAUUUCUCUGAAAAGAGUAUCUGCAGAUCACAGAAGACAGAGGCUUGCCAAAAUAUGUCACUCUGUUGAUUGUUAUGUUCAUUGGCUUAUUUCUGUGUUUGAUUUACUUUCUUCUUCCAGUAAUGAAGAGCAAAUAUUUUGUUUCCUCCUCACUACAUAAGCUCCUUUGCAAGCUCUCUUAGCAUUCAGUAAUAGCAACUUCCCCUUGGAAAGUCUGGUGAGAAUAGUUAUGGAACAAGAGCAUGAUUCUUAUUAGAGGUACCACAGAGACCAUCAAGGAACUACUUUUAUAAAGCACUGCUUAUAUAUUAUCAUGUAAUUGUUGA